AUGAUCAUCAAAACGCCGUUGAAUCCACUUUUUCAAUCAGAUCCUUAUGCCUUUUGGUUGAAUCAAAACUUACUCCAUAAUGAAUUUUGUUACUGUAGAGCUAUUAUAGUUAUAGUACUUUGGCUAUCGAGUUACGGGGUUUGUCUAGAAACAGAUACCCUUUCGACCAGUAUAGUCCUCAAGGAUUUGGACACCAUUGUUUCCCAAGGCAAGGUCUUCACUUUGGGAUUCUUCAGCCCCAAUGGAACCACCAGACGCUACAUGGGCAUAUGGUAUUAUGUCUCCAACGUAUCUGUCAUGUGGGUUGCCAAUCGUGAUCGAUCUCUCAAUGAUUCUUCCGGGACUAUAACGAUAUCCUCAGAUGGUAACAUCGUACUAAUGAAUGGCAACCAUGAGACUGUUUGGUCUACAAAUGCAACAACUUCCCCAAGAAAUACAUCGGCCCAGUUAACGGAUAAUGGAAACCUUAUUCUCCUCGAUCAGUCGAAUAAUGUGACAUUAUGGGAAAGUCACAAGCACCCGACAAACUCUUUUCUGCCUACAAUGAGAUUAAGUCACAACACAAAUACAGGGGAGAAAAUAAUGCUAAAUUCGUGGAAAACUUCUCAGGAUCCAAAUUACGGAGAUUAUUUCGUGGGACUCCAUGUUUCAAUACGCAUUCCACAACUUUUUGCAUGGUAUCAAGAUCGUCCAUUCUGGCGGAGCGGUCCAUGGAACGGUCGGGUUUUUACCGGAGUAACGAGAAUGUACUCGGUGUACAUUGAUGGAUUUAGUAUUGUAGAUGAAGAUGGAACAUAUUAUUUUACUCGAAAUUUUCGUCAAAACUUAAUAGUCAAAGAUAUUUUAACUCCAGAAGGAAUUCAAACGGAGGAAGUAUGGAAUAAUCAGAUGGGUCAUUGGGAUAGAUCGUAUAAGGGUCCGGACGUCGCUUGUGAUGUAUAUAACAACUGCGGUCCAUUCACAUUCUGUAACCAAUAUAAUUCACCUAUAUGUCAAUGUUUAAGAGGGUAUGAACCAAAGAACGAACGAGAAUGGAGUGGAGGGAAUUGGACUGAUGGAUGCAAGAGGAAGACACCAUUGCAGUGCGAAAGAAGUAAAAAUGCCACAAACAAAAGUAAAGAGGACGUAUUCUCAAAGUUAAGGAUGGUAAAAGUGCUAGACUUUAUUCAAUGGUCACCUGGUCUUGAAAAUGAAUGCAAAAGUCUAUGCUUAAGGAAUUGUUCCUGUAUAGCCUAUUCUUAUGACACCGAUAUAGGUUGUAUGUACUGGAGUGAGACCUUAAUUGACAUUCAGCAAUACCAGGCUGAUCCAGGUUUAGAUCUCUACAUCCGUGUACCCUACUCAGAGCGAGACUUCGGAAUGGCACGAAUAUUUGGAGGAGAUCAAGAUCAAGCCAAAACUAAAAGAGUUGUAGGAACAUAUGGAUACAUGGCUCCAGAAUAUGCAUUAAGCGGCAGAUUUUCAAAAAAAUCGAAUGUUUUCAGUUUUGGAGUUCUUGUAUUGGAGAUCGUCACUGGGAGAAGAAACACAAGCUUCUAUAAUGAAGAGCUAUCUUUAACCCUUUCUGGAUAUAUUACAUUGGAUCCAGGGUGGUCUGCCCGGACAAGAUCCCAUGAGUGA